AUGUCACCGAUCAUCAAGAGCGUGAAUGAGAUUAUGAUGGAAUCGAAAGCUGGUAAUAAGAAGUCGAAUAGUUCCUUAUUUUACGAAGCACCCCUCGGUUACAGCAUUGAAGACGUUCGUCCCAACGGUGGAAUCAAGAAAUUCAAGUCUUCUGUCUACUCAAACGUAAUGCGCGAAGAGGCCAUCCUGAGCCAGCCAUUUCCACACCGCAACUUCUCUGAAGAAGUCUCUGUUCUUGAUGGUCACUUCGCUAAGCUUGGUUUGAGCAGUGUUGCAUACUUGAUGGGCGAUGACGAUGAAACCAAGAAAUGGCAUGUUUACUCUGCUUCUUCUCCUGCCAAGAAGAUCAACAACAGCUGUAGCAACAAUGUGUACACGCUCGAGAUGUGCAUGACUGGUCUGGACAAGGACAAGGCAUCUGUGUUCUACAAGAGCGAUUCUAGCUCGGCCGGCUCCAUGACUGAUAACUCUGGCAUCAGAAAGAUACUUCCUCAGUCCCAAAUCUGCGACUUUGAGUUUGAGCCCUGCGGCUACUCUAUGAACAGCAUCGAAGGUGACGCAAUCUCCACUAUCCAUGUGACCCCUGAAGAUGGAUUCAGCUACGCUAGCUUUGAAGCUGUGGGAUACGAUUUCGCGACCAUGGACGUGAGCCAUCUUGUUUCGAAGGUACUAACUUGCUUCGAGCCAAAGCAGUUCUCCGUAGCGAUCCACUCGAGCGUUGGACAGAAGAGCUACGACUCGAGAAUCUGUGUUGACCUGGACGAUUACGGAUGCAGAGAGUCAACAAUGGAGUCUCUGGGAGAAGGAAAAGGAACAGUGAUGUAUCAGAGGUUUGAGAAGUUGGGAAAGUAUUGUGGUUCUCCGAGAUCUACCUUGAAAUGUGAGUGGAGCAGCAACAGCAGCUGCACUAGCGAGGACGAGAAGGAAGAGGGAAUCUAA